AUGAAAGAAGUUAGUUUCCUCCUUAAACUGCACUCAGACACGGAAAUAUGGAUUAAAUGCUUCAUCAGUAAUAGAGUGAGGACACCUGUAGUGGCAAAUUCAAGCUCAAAAUGUGAAGGAGGAGGAGAAGAAGAAGAAGAAGAAGAAGAAGAAGAAGAAGAAGAAGAAGAGAAUUCUAGUGGUAAGGACCUUACGGGCUUGGACAAAGCAAACGUAUGGAGAGAAUGUACACUUACCCUGUUCCAUAGAUAUUAGAAACACCGGCUAACGUGGGUGAGUUGCGACACGCCCGCCUUGCUCCGUACCUUGGGUUUUCCCCACACUUUGGAUUCAUCGAUCAUCC